AUGAACGAUAACAUGGCCAGACCGAUUGUCCCAAUUCCUGAUGUUCCUUCGGAACCAUACCCAUUGAAAGAAGCUAGCCAUAUUGUGUCGGGUUUCGGCAGAGGCUCGUCAGAUUUGGGGAUCCCAACGGCGAAUGUGCCAAUUUCCACUUUGUCGGAAGAGUUCAGAAGUUUGGAACCCGGGGUGUAUUUUGGGUUUUGUCGGUUGAAAGAAAACAAACAAACCGAAUUAGUUCAACCAACUAAAGGUAUUGAAAGGAAAGUGGUUUUCAAUUACGGGUGUGAGCUUAACUCUGACCAAACAUCUACAGUGUACCCUCAUGUAAUGUCAAUCGGAUGGAAUCCAUUCUAUAACAACAAAGAAAAGACUGCAGAAAUUCAUAUAAUCAAUAAGUUCUCUUCAGAUUUCUAUGGGGCCAAUAUCAACUUUAAUAUUCUAGGCUAUAUACGCCCAGAAUUAGACUAUACCACCAAGGAAGCGUUGAUCGAGGACAUCAAUAUUGAUAUCAAGACGGCAUUGAAAUAUUUGGAGAAGAGGGGGUACAAGGACUUUAGUGAAUAUCUAUAG